GCUGAGGUAAAGGGCAGAGGUCGGAAGCAGCGGUAAAUGGCACAUUAUCUCUCGUAUUUUUGAGCCUGAUGUAACAACAUUGCAAUCUUCAGGAGACAGUUGCAUUCAUCAUCAUGGACACAACAGACAAAAGUCAUCAUGUCCAUUUUUCUGAAGACACCGAUGAAAUGGGAAAUACAGCCAUUGCGAUAAAGGAGAAAGUGCCUGGAAAAGAGUAUGAGGCUCAUGUUGGGUUUUUACAGCUGCUUCAUCGCUAUCACAUCACCGUUCUUUUGCCCGUAAAGGAUGCAGGCGAAGGUUACCAGGCAGACACUCAGGGCGUUUAUUGCCAGACCAAAGCUCUCAGGGCAGUGGAAAAUCAAGGCCUGGAGGUGGAACUCGAACUCAUGGCUCACAAGGAGAAGCUUUUGAAGGAGAAGGUCUUUCUCGCAAAACCUUCCGCAGGGCAGCUCCAGAUUGUCAUUUUUGCCAGGGUUCUAGGUAAAGGCAAGGGCACUCCAAUGCUGCGCGAUGGCAUCAAGUGCAUAGGUGUCGAACAGGAUGAAGAGUCGGAAGCCUCGGAUUGGCAGGGCUUCAACUAAGGGGGAGAAGGAGGCCUUGCCUUUCCGUACUCUGCUGUCCCUAACCAUUGUGAUACUGGGUGGGCCUUGUUUUCUCCUUGUCCUCUGACAUACUCAAGUUAAAAGACACAUAAAAGGGAUUAGGUUUAGUGACAAAAUAGACUGUGAUCUGAUGCUAAGGGUUUUUUUUUUUUUUUUUUUUUUAUGGUUUGUUUGUUUUAGGUGUAUCCAGUAGGUAUUCUCAGGAAGAAGAAGGAAAAAGAGAGGAAGAGAGAAGCCUUGAUUGUCUAUCUAGGCUAGGUUUAAUCGUGCUCAAGUAGGGACAUUUAACUCCAUAGAUGUUUCCUUAGGUUUACGUAGUCUUAAUGCUCAUAUAUUACUAUGUAAGACUGAUAAGAAACUGUUAUAUAUAUAUAUCUACAUAUUUAUAUGUCCUUUUCACAUCAUAGCUGGAGAUAUUUAUGAAGUAUUUUUUAGAUGUUCUUGAUAUAAAAAUAUUUUGAAGAAGGAUAGUGUGCUAGUUUAGAUAGAUUCUUAAUAAGUUUUAGCAUAAUUAUGUUGUAUAACAGUAUUAAUGUAUCCAGAUCUUCAGGAAACAUCUGAUUCUUCUAUAGCGAUGAAGUGACAGUAGCAUUUUAUUAUGUGAAUUGUGUUGUUUAUUUGAGGUUAAUUUCAUUUAAAGGAAGCAGUUUUGUAAAUGUCUCUAAAAGAAAAAUGGUGGAUUAGCAUCAGAAAACAAUGCAGGAUUGAAAAAUGUUAAGAGAAGUACAAUUUGGGAAGCCUUAGAAAUCAUGGAAAAUGCAAUGGUAAGUGAAAAAAAAGAAAAAUGUCAAUGAGUUUUUAUGACUUAAAGAAAUUCAUGUAUAUUCAACACUAUCCUCAUUUGGUUGUCUCAAAGCCCAGUUUUAUAACACAUUAACUAUGCAGUUAGGUAAUCACAAUUAACUCCCAUUGCAUUAAGAAAAAAAGAUAUAUUUUCAACUAACGUUUAAGCUAUUUGGCCUGUGUGUAGGGAUAAACGAAAUCAUCAUUUAUUUUUCCGGAUUCUAUUUUUCGCCCGCUCCCUUUUCUCCUUAGUAGUUUGUAAGUACUGGGGUUGCGGUUUCCCUUAGCCUUCCAUAUUAUCCCACUGUAUAGGGCAAGCACACUUGAUUGCAUAAUUAAAAAGGUUUAUGUAGUUUGAUACAUGUUGAUAAAGAGUUACCUGAUUACCACUGUAUAGAUUAGAAUAAGGAAAGGACUAAGACAUUAUAAGCUGUGGAAUAAAAAGUUAAUUGCAUAUCCAGCUUGAUCUGAAUUUAAUAUUCUAAGGUAGGUACAAAUUAUGUGUAGUGGAAGACAUAGUCGUGUCCUCUUUGACAGAUUUUAUAACAAUUGGUCUGUUUGAUCCUGAUACAGUCUACAUUUUAUACAUUAUUAAUUAAACCUAUCAAAGGGGGACAUUUCUCCUGAAACAUAAUAUUGAAACUUGGUAUUUUUGUUAUCUUUAAAGACUUCCAAAGAUAUAUAUCCAUUUUUUUGUAAAUGUAUAGUACUGAAAAGGUUGACUUAAAAUGAAAAAGAAAAUUUUGCAUGUACUAAAUUAUUUAAUCAGUCACUAAUGGAAAACAAAAGAGAGGUUAAUGGAUGGCUUCUUUUAUGUUAAAAAUGUUUUGGUUUCAUGUGUAAUGUCAACAAAUACAAUGGUAACACUGAAACUUAAUAUUGCACUAAUGUAAUAGAAGUAUAUCACUCUUUUUUUAACUUGUGCAUGUCAAUCUUAUUGUAAGAAGUGUGUACAUUUACUAUGCACUUAAAUACCCAAUCUUAAAAAUGAAAAACCUAAUCAUAUUUAUAUAUGUUUCUAGUGUUUAGUUACAUAUUGAAUGUAACCUAAUAAAUAUUUACCAGUUUUAUCGA